AUGCAUCGUGCAGGCAUGCUUUGUCGUUUGGCAUCGCCAAGCCGUGCGGCCACGAUUGCCGUACGAAGCGCGUCGUCGAAUGUGGGGAAACCUGCGAAUCCGAUCGCUGCACCCACAACGCAGGUUCGGCAGCAGUCGUUGGCUUCUGCAGUUAGCUCGGAGCCAUUCAUGAAUGCCACCUCCUCCAUGUAUAUCGAGCAGAUGUACGAGGCCUGGAAGGUGGACCCCAAGUCAGUCCAUGCAUCAUGGGAUGCGUACUUUAGAAAUGUUGAAGGAGGUGCUGCUCCUGGUCAGGCCUAUCAGGCACCACCAACAGCUUAUGGAGCUGUCGGCGUUCCGGGAGUCACACCACUCAUACCAGGAGUGCAAGUUGGCGGAGGAUUCACUAUGCCUCAAGUUAUGCCAUCGACCUCGAUCGCGCCCACUACCGGGCUCGAUACUUCCGUGCAGGCCAUCUCUGACCAUCUCAAGGUCCAAUUACUCAUAAGAAGUUUCCAAACUCGUGGCCAUAAUAUAGCCGAUUUGGAUCCACUAGGAAUAAAUAGUGCCGAUCUCGAUGACACCAUCCCACCGGAGCUUGAACUCUCCUUCUAUGGGUUCGGAGAACGUGAUCUGGACAGAGAGUUUCUGCUGCCGCCAACUACCUUCAUAGGAGGUGACAAGCAAGUCCUUACUCUACGUGAAAUUGUCCACAGGCUGAAGAGAAUCUACUGUAAAACUACUGGUGUCGAGUACAUGCACUUGAACAAUCUCGAGCAACAGGAUUGGAUUCGUCAGCACUUUGAGGCACCUCGUGUGACGGAACUAUCUCACGACCAGAAGAAGGUAUUGUUUAAACGUCUGAUUCGUUCCACCAAGUUCGAGGAAUUCCUAGCCAAGAAAUGGCCUAGUGAGAAGCGAUUUGGUUUGGAAGGAUGUGAGGUGCUGAUCCCCGCUGUCAAACAGGUUAUCGAUACUUCCUCGAGCCUUGGUGUUGAUUCGGUGGUCAUUGGAAUGCCCCAUCGUGGCCGUCUUAAUGUACUAGCAAAUGUCUGCCGUCAACCGCUGUCCACAAUUCUGUCACAGUUCUCGACACUUGAGCCAGCCGAUGAAGGCUCUGGUGAUGUGAAAUACCAUUUGGGUGUAUGCGUAGAACGUCUUAACCGUCAGUCCCAGCGUAAAGUAAAGAUCGCUGUAGUGGCGAACCCGUCACAUCUUGAAGCUGCGGAUCCUGUCGUCAUGGGCAAGGUUCGUGCUGAAGCGUUCUACGCCGGCGACGAGAAAUGUGACCGAACAAUGGCUAUCCUCAUGCAUGGAGACGCUGCAUUCUCUGGCCAAGGCGUAGUGAUGGAGACGUUCAAUCUAGACGAUUUGCCAAGUUAUACUACUCAUGGAUGUAUUCAUAUCGUAGUCAACAAUCAAAUUGGCUUCACUACUGAUCCCAGGAGCUCGCGCUCAUCACCAUAUUGUACGGACGUUGGCCGAGUUGUUGGCUGCCCGAUUUUCCAUGUGAAUGUGGACGAUCCUGAAGCUGUGAUGCAUGUUUGCAACUGUUGCGGCUCAAUGGCGCAAUACUUUCAAGAAAGACGUGAUUAUUGA